CAUAAUUACUGACUUCUCCUCAUGUCAUGUAAAUACCAAUAUAAUGUUACUAACUUUCUAUGUGUUAUAUAUUUUUUUAGGUAUGGAGAAUAUCCACAGCUUUGUGGUCUUUUACAUAAGUACAUUCGUCCAAAAGACAAGCUAUUAAACAUUGGAUGUGGAAAUUCACAAUGAAUGACAAGCACGUUCCUGGCAGGAAAGGUCUAGAAUUCAAAAAAAUGGAUAUGCUUCAGAUGACAUUUGAUGAUGAAGAAUUUAGUGUUGUAUUGGAUAAAGGAACUUUGGAUGCAUUAUUGAGCGAAGACACUGAAGAAGUUAACAGACGAGCUGAAGCAAUGUUUUCUGAAAUUAAGAGAGUUUUGAGACCUUGUGGCCGUUACAUUUGUGUUUCUCUUCUUCAAGAUUUUAUAUUAAAGAAAAUGUUGAAUUGGUUCACAAAUGAGGGCUGGAUGAUUCGCAUUCACAAGUGUACAGAAAUUGAACGUGAUCCCGAGGAACCGAAUUCAGCUUAUGCAUUUCCAACAUUUUUUGUUAUUUGCACUAAAAUGAAAUCAUCUAAAACAAUGAAAUCACUAAUUGAAUUAGAUAUGGAUGGAGAGCUGAUUCGAGUAGAAACUAGUGAUGAAGNACAUAUGAACUUUAUUCUUCAGUUUUUAUUCAUGCUUGCUGAUCUUAGUUCUCUGCACGAUUAUAUACAGUAUAUAUAUUAUAUAUAA